CAUACAAUACAUUAAUAUAAAUAAACAAUAGGCUCGCCGCCCGCCCUCGUCCCCGCCGCCCCAGCAUGACGGCCUGUCCUCCCUCAGCUGCCAGCCACCCCUCCAGAUCGUAAUCCUUCAGGAGGCCGAGCACGGGAAUAUCACGGCUGUUGCGGUGCUGCCGAGGUGGUGUGCUCAAUGGGCCUCUGCACUGGUUUGGGCUUUGUAUUUUGAGGGCGAGGAGCGGCACAGGAGGAGGCAGACGAGAGCAUACCCUGGGGUCACCUGACCCAUCCACCACCGCCACUCGCCUGCACUGCCUGGCCCCACGACACGUUGAUGAGCCUACCUGUUACCCUCAGUAUACAACACAUUCCCUGACAGGAUGUUGGACACCAGCUCAGUGGUAAGUGAGGGUCAGAACAAGUUGGGGGUGAAGUGUCCGCACUGUGACUCCCAGAUCUUGUCCCCACUCUCUGCCAGGCUGCUGAGUGAGGCCCACCCCCUGCCCAACCCCACACAGCCCAAGGAACAGACGUCACCCAUCACCGAGAAUCUGGCCGAGUGGUGGGUGGUGGACGACAUGUUCACUUUUGACAACAUUGGUUUCUCGCACACCGUCGGCACCACAAAGUACCUGGUGUGUGCCGACUGUGAGCGGGGGCCCCUCGGCUGGCACGACAACACCUCCAAGAAGAGCUACGUGGCCCUGGCCCGAGUGAAGCAUGUCUAGCACUGUCCAAACGCCUGCCUCCUGAUGACACGCUCACCACCACCACUGUCACUUCUUUCCAAAGGGUUGUGCAUAUCUUUAGUAAUGUGUAUCGCCAACACCGCUACCAUCGUCACUGCUUUCCAAAAGGUUCUAAAUAGUGUGAUUCACAAGUAAAUUUAAUAGGGCAAGCAGAUCUCACAUUUUGCAGGCUGCAGACUAAAGUAAUGGAAAUUUGACAAGAAAUCAAACUCCACAGAUGAAAAUUGAUUAAAGAUGAUUAAGUAAUCUCCUUGAGCUAGGUAGCUAAGAACAGCAGGGUCUGUGACCUGUAGCAUAUCUCACAAAUUCAAAUACAUGAGCAUGUUGAGUGGAUUGUUGAGCGGGUGUGGCGUGGUGCUCUGCGAUGGUUCGGACAUGUGAUAAGAAUGAAUGAGGAUGACUUUGAAGAGCGUAUGAAAGCAAGAUUGAGGGAAAUAGUAUCAGGGUAAGACCACCAGCGAAUGCAUCAAUAGAGUGGAUGAUUACUGGAUACAGGAAGGCAAUAGACAAGGGAUUGAAUUUGUGGAGGGAGUGCUGGAACAGGGAAUAUUGGAGCUGCUUUUACCCUGGCCAUGAAACCUUUCAUGAGGGGCCGGGCAUCGGAAAUACAAGUAAGAUAGGUAGACCCCAUGCAUCCACCAAUAUCUGAAGCUCUUUGGGACCCCACUGUGCCUCCAGCACUAUGCAUUUAUUUUAUUAUUAUGUUCCAGCUUACCCCAUGACAAGAAUUUUUUCAGUACUGUUUUUCUAUUUCAGUAAUAUGAUUUAUGAAGUUUUGUUUUAUGGUUAAAUUGCACUACUUCAACACCCAGAUGUUGAAACACACACUAGGUCUACUUAUGACACUUAAUCUUUAGUUUAAGAGCGAUUAGAUGUUGACACAAACACGAUUCUCAUGAGGAUGUUUGCAUGACACUUUUUUACUCAAGGUCAACACUGCAAGAGCUUCCUUGUGCCAACCUGACCUGUACAGUGAGCAUAUCAGCUAUUGGUUUGGUUUACAUUUGGAAAGCCAAACAACGCUACGAGAACCUUUCACAUGCUAUGCCUGUGGUGAUUAGAUUUUAAGCUGCUGACCCAAACUCAGACUUGGUUUUCAGCUGAAGGACUAAACCUGCCCCCUAGAAGUGUCCCUUACAUGUUGGGCUUGUGUGGUAUCUUUUGGGAAGGUGUGAAUACUUGCAUCUCACUACUAUGCAUUCACUUCUAUUGCCUAAAGGAAGGGGAAGCUCUUAUUUAGUGUUCAGGGCUGGCAGCUUUAUGAUGACUGGAGUAUUUUAACGACUCAUAAAACUCUUUCCCAUCAGGGUGGCUCUUGUGCAGGGGGCAGCACUGUUCUUGGUGGUUCCUCUGCCUGGAGUCACAUUGUUAACACCAGACAGAGGGCCAGGUAUGUACAGUGCUGACCUCUACAUAGGAACAGCUUAGAAGUCCCCGAUCAGUACUCAUAUGAGGAAAAGACUACUAAGGAAGAUAUAGUUGUAUGAUAAGAGCCUCAGUCAGAAAUAAAUAAUGUUUAUUGAUGGCUACUUUGACGAGCAUUCAUUUCAAACCUCGAUUCACUUCUCCAAAGAGCAAUAAAUAUGUACUUGUGUAAAUGUCAAAUUAUUUACAUUUUUUAAGGUAAAACUGAGAUUGCCAACUUUUAAAUGGAUGCUUCUUUUCUUUGGGUCUUAAAUUCAUUCCUCCAUUGAACAUAUCACAGCCUUUUGGAGACAGACUUUUGCAGAUCAACAUCAAUAGGAACACAGCAUACUUUGCCUGAAUGGGUACUAGUUGGAAUGGCAAGACAGGAUGGUCACCAUCAGGGCAGCCUUAAUACUUCCUGCAAAAUCAAGGCUAAGAGGCACUCCUGCACUGAGGUCAUGAGUGAGGUGCAUCUAUAUAAGCCUUCCCUCCUGUGCACUCAUGAUUACUCACUCAAUUCCCUUGUAAAAGCAAUUUUCACAUAAAUAUUUAUAAAUA